UUGCCUCCACCUCUUGUCCAUCACAGCUCAGUGGGUCCAGAGUUACAUUUAACAGGGUGGCCUGCUAAACAGCGCUUAAUAAAAACAGACAGCAAAACAGUGCAUUUGUUACCUUUAUCUUUUAAAAUAAUGGCCCAGCUGCAGGCCUGUUUGCAGCCGAACAACAGCCGUCUGCAGACCGGAUAGUGCGGAGGACUUCUGAGUGACUGCACCUCGUUACGCAGCUGCCUGACACCAAAGCUAAUCGGCUAUCUCUCGUUAGCUGCAGCGGGUCGCUUUACCAUAUGAUAUUGACUCUCAGUGCACAGGGACAGACCUCUAGAGACAGCGAUUGGAUCAGCAGAAUAAUACGUUGCAAUGGACAAAGAAGAAGCAGACCGGCUGAUAGAGAAGGCGAAGCUGUGUUUACGGUCAGGACGGAAAGAUCGGGCUCUGCAGCUGCUCUAUGAAGCCCAGAAUAUUUACCCCAGCACCCGGGCCAGAGUGCUAAUAGACGCCAUAGUGAGGAAUGGAGGCACCGCUGCUCCACAAUCAAACCACGUUCCCCCGCCAGCCGGCUGGAGAGACGAGGACCUAAGAGACGAGGAACCAAGUCAUGCGAGUGUUGAUGACAAGAAGAGCUACAGCGAGGACCAGCGCCAGGGCGUUCUCAGGAUAAAGAAUUGCAAGGACUUUUAUGAAAUUCUCGGUGUUACCAAAAAUGCCAGUGAUGAGGAUUUGAAGAAGGCGUACAGGAAGCUGGCCCUCAAAUUUCACCCCGACAAGAACUUUGCUCCAGGAGCUACGGAUGCUUUCAAAGCAAUAGGCAACGCAUAUGCAGUGCUGAGCAAUCCAGAGAAGAGGCAGCAGUACGAUCAAUACGGAGAUCAAUCUGCUGCUUCCAGCGCACCCCAACCCUCCAGCCACAGUCGCCAUGGAUACUACCGAAGCUUCAACAGAGACUUCGAGGCCGACAUUUCCCCCGAGGAACUCUUCAACAUUUUCUUUGGGGGAAGAUUUCCCACAGGAAAUAUCCACAUGUACACCAACCAGGGCGCCUCCUACUCUCAGUUCUAUCAGCCUCGUCGUCGACGUGCUUUUGAGAGGCGCGAGGAGGUGGUGGUGGAGGAGAACCAGAGUCAGAACACCUUCACAGCGCUGCUGCAGCUCCUCCCUGUGCUGGUGCUAAUCCUCAUAUCAGUGUUUACUCAGAUGAUGGCCACUAACCCGUCCUACAGUCUCUUCUAUAAGCCGGCCAUCGGGCUGGUGGUCUCCAGGGAAACGCAGCACAUGGGCGUGCCGUACUACGUGGACAAAAGUUUUGAGAAAGAGUACAGAGGAGCGGCGCUGGAUGAAAUAGAGAAAACUAUCGAGAACGACUAUAUCGAGCACCUGCAGAACAGCUGCUGGAAAGAGAAACAGCAGAAAUCCGACCUGGCGAACCUCGGGCAGCUGUACCGAGACGAGCGGUUAAAGCAGAAGGCGGAGUCGAUGAGGCUGGACAACUGUGACAAACUCCAUCGAUUGGUCGGGCAUCAGAGAGCCAAUUGAGGACUGUUUGAGAGGAGAACGUGUUUCUUUGCAGACUUUACAAUAACACAUUUUAUCCAAAUGUGUGAUUUUAAUCUGGCCACUUUGUAAAGAAACCUCUUUUAGGUACAGCGCAGUCGGUGGGAGAUUAUGCCACUGGAAACAAUGUGCCUUCUCUCCUCUUUGAUGGUAGAAAAUAAGAGUUGCAUCAGGUGCAAACUCACUGCGGCAGUGUGAUGAUGUCUCGGAGCCUUUAAACUUUCUUAUAGAAAUGGCAUGACGCACAUAUGGGAGUCUCCUUUUGGGGUUAUGAAGGCAGUAGUAUGUUCACACGUACAUGUUUUAUUUGUUUAGGUUUACUUGUAUUUAUUUUGUUGAAUGUUUUUGUGUCCUGUCCUUUAGAAGUAUUUAUUUAUUAGUUAAUAGAGUGAAUGUUACUUGAGCAUCUUGGCUAAUCUGUUUUCUAUAGGAAGUUCAACAACUUAAAUAAUACUGUAGUCUUUGGACAAAUCUGAGAGCUUCUUUACUGUAAAGGAAAGGACUUGUGAGUCUUAUCUAGGCGAUUUGAACUAAAUCAAUAGGCACAGUAGAGUCAAACAUUUAUCACUAGCACAUUUAUCUGAUUGUGUUAUCUUAAAAAGAUGUCCUUGCCAAAAUAAAUAGCUUCCUGCUCCCUGCAGUUCUGCUUGCAUUGGUCAUUAAGCUUCAGGUAUUCAGGAAGUUUCAGUAUUUCAGGUGAGGUUAAAGGGUGACUGUUAUGAAAAAAGAGGGCCAUGUUUUGAAGAAUACAUUUUGAUUUGAUUGGAUACAGGAAGCUCAAUAUCUGUAGAUAAGCUGGGCUUAAAUGUCAUGCAAUACCUCCAUUUCCUAAAACCGUGCACAAGCGUAAAUACUUCUGUUCUCAGACAAACAUCCGGCCCAUAUUUUAUAAAUAUUUUAUAAAUUCUGCACCUUUUAAUUUAUACAGAUGUUUUAUAAAGAAGAAUCGUUUUGUUUAAAAAAAAAUGUAAUCUUAAAUCUAAGAACCGUUGAAAUCAUGUUUUGAAAUUCUACUAAUUAUCUGUGGACAUUAAUCGGCUUUCUUCCACAGCUAGGAAUCAGAAUUUGUCAGAUCUUGUCAUAAGUAGGAUGCUAACUUUUAGGAGUUGUUUCUUAAAUUCUUUAUUAUCCCAAUUACAUAUGAUUCAAACCCUAUACAGACAUUAACACUUGUUUCUGUUCACCGGCCAAACUGCCUUAGCUGUUACUUUACAAAAUAUUCAGGUUUAUUUCAAGCACUUUUAAGUUCAUAUUUGAUCCUGUGUUCCCUAUUGUUGCUGUUGCAUGAAACCCUUGUGAGUCUUUUAUUAGUUGCAUAUUUAUUUUUAUUGUGAACACAUCUUAAUGACAGCUGACACACUAAAUGAUAAUUUGUUAGAAUAUUCAGGUCCACACAGUAACUCACAAACAUGUAAAACCUUUGCCCUGACACGCGGAGGUCAGGUCUAUUAGGAGGAACACUAAAUAAAUCAGUUUUAGGACAAAUAUACCUGACAAUUAAAGAUGUAAUCAGAA